UGUUUUUUUUCCAUCUUUCUGUUGGCUGAACAGUCAGACUUCCCUCCUUCUCAUCUCAGCCACAGACAGACCAUCAUAGAAAUAUGUUUGACGCCUGGGUCUUAUUGUUUCUUCCCCUGUUAGGGGCAAGGGCGUUCAUGAUCCACAACACCCAGUGCAGCCUGUGUCUGGAGGAAUCAGCAGCUAUAGGUGAAGUCCUGCUGAAGAGCUGCAACCUGGACUCACAGUCUCAGCAGUGGAUCUGGAAUGAUCGGGGCAUGCUGAUGUGUGUUGUGUCGUCCAGAUGUUUGUCAGCCCUGCAGAGAGAGCCUGUCCGGACUCGGUCCUGCUGGGGGUCAGAGGUGGAUGCAACAGGGUUGAUAUGGGACUGUGACAGGGGCAGACUGAUCAGCAGGAACACUUCAAUGCUGCUAUCAGUAGAUGGCUCGCGUCUUAUUCUCACACAUGACAGUAAAGAGUCAAAGUGGAGAUCUCUGGAUGAGGGGGACAUCUGCCAAGAAAAGCUCAGAUCCAGGAGGGCAUCUGAUGAUCCAGACGAGUUUGAGGCUGCAGGGAAGACAGGCGAGCAGGCUUCCAUGACGGAGGAACAGAGAGAAUACCUCCGCUGGUACUAUCGCACUGAGGACGCAACCACAUGGAAGUUUGUGCUGCUGGGACUGGCCCUCGUCUGCCUUCUUGUUGGUUUUUUGCUGCUGGGAAUGGGAGCCAUGGCCAACAAAAACAGAAAGAAGAUUGCCAAGUACAAGGCAGCAGCUGCUGCUGUUGCUCAGAAAGGUGAGGAGCUGCAGAGCAUUUCACUGCUCAGAGAUGACAGCAGCAGCAAACCGUCACCAUCACUCGACAGGCUGAUGCAGGGAAACAAACCCUCCCCGUCCAACGGGGAGGCGAGUGAGCUCAAAGCAGGAAACAUCGUGGUCACGUGGAAAGACGGCAACACCUCCAGCCUGUACUCCGAUCCCGCAGCAGAGGAGGAGAAACAGGAGGAGGAGGGCUCAGCUGAUGAAGAAGUGAAGACGAUGGAGUGAAGAGUUCACAUUCCAGCCUGUAACACACUGUUGGACUUUACCAUGCUCCCUCUUGUUAGCAGCUUCCAUCACAUAUGGUUAAAGCCACCACCACACACUGCUCCACCCGCAGGAUGCUAACAUAAUGUACAACUUUGGUGCACUGCUAAUACUAUGAAGUUACAAAGCAUUACAUGUGUAAAAGCUGCUGUCUCCCUACAUUCACAGCAGUCUGACAGUCCAACAGAUGAAUCAAUUCCUGAAAAUGUUAUAAAAAGGUCUGUAGAUCCAAAACAAUCCAUUAGUUAGAAUGUAUGCAGGAUGUUAAAGAGAUAUACCAUAUGUGUGACAUGAGGAAGCUUAUUUCUUUGGCUAAUAAUAAUAAGUAUUGCUAACACUAAUAAAAUUCUCCUACACGAUAAA